GAUUUGAAACUUUAAUUAUUACCUGUAUUUUUAUGAAUUAAAAAUUAAUAUUWAUAAUAUUAAAAUGAAAAUUACAACUUUCACGAGGAYUUAUCGAACACCUUAAGUUGAUAAAACAAUUUUUUAAGCUCCUUAUGUAAGAACACAACGUUCAUGGUGUAUCAUGKAGUUGUCAAAAACUCGAAGAAGUGUGGGAAAGGAUAAAAUGUCGUUUUCGGUACGGUUCAAUGCAGAAGAUGAGGAGGUAGAAGGUUUGUGUACCAUUCCAACAAAAAUACAAUCAACAGGGUUGACUGAUGAACAAUUAAAAUCUCCUGAACAAACAUCUGGGAAUUCUCAAUACUUAGGUCUAUUUGGAUUGAAGAGAUCAACUAGCUUAGAUGCUGAAUCUUCACCUUGUGAUACGACUAUUAAGCGCCUUGAUAGUUUUUUAUCAGAUAUUAAAGAAGGAUUGUGGAGGAGCGAGAGUGGUGGUGAUUUAAGCAUGGGAUCAAAGAAAACUGAUGAUUCGGGUCAAGAUGAUGAUUCUGUUUCUAUGAUAUCUAAUGAAAUUGAUGAAGCUGAAGAAGAACAAAUUCAAUAUAAUAUUAUUGAUAGAAAUUUCCUUGGUAUUCGCCGUAGAUAUACAAAACUCACAGAAAAAAACAUACUAAUAGAUAAUAUAGAGACAGCAAAAGAUGCUUUAGAAGACUUAGAGCUGAAAUCAAAUAAUAUUAAACAUGAUUGCUCAGAACGUGAACAUCUAAGACCAAAAGAUAAAAUGAAAUAUGUUGUAUUAAUUUUGUUUGGGAUAACCGGAUGCUAUAUCAGCUACAAAUAUAUUCCAAUGUAUUUAAAUACUUUUGUACUUGGCAGUGUUUUCGCAUUUAAGUUUAGACAUGUUUUAGAAAUGUUUACAAAAGAAGAUUAUAAAAAAAAUCAGUUCCCUCCUAGUUUAGACCAUAUUCCUGAUAAUGAAGCUUCUAUCAUACGAUCAUUGAAAAGUUUAUAUGACCUCGAUCCACGCUUGAUGUUGUUUAAAGGAUGGAUGAACCAAUUUCUCUAUGAUUAUCGCCCAGAAACAUAUCGACUUUCACUUACUAUUUCUGUAUAUGUUAGAUUAAAAGGAUCAAUACUUAUUAUGUCUUAUCCAUAUUAUAAAGUUCCUAAAAGAUCUUUAUAUAAUGAAUCCAAACCUAAAUUGUUGUUUGUUAAAGAGUGCAUGUAUAAGUUAUCAAAAUGUAACAUUACUUUAUUACCUCAAAAUUUAGUAAAUAAAAGAAAAUGGAGUAAAAAAUACCCUAUUUGUAUAGAAUUAAGUCCUGAGUCUUUAAUCGGUGUUCGACGCUCAUUAAAAUUUAAAAAAUUUAUUCAAGGACCAGACGAGUGGAUGUGUAAAGAUUAUGUCACACCGUCAUUACAAGCUAAAGCAUAUUAUGAAGAGAUGUUGGAAUGUGGCAUAUCAGAUAUGAAAGAUGAUUUUGACUUCAAAAAUGAAGCUAAUUAUUCCGAAAAUAAAGAUAAGAAAAAAUCAAAGUCUGAUGUGAUCCAAAUUGAUACCAAAAGUGACCGUAAAAUCAAUGAAUCUGAGGCAAGUACAUCAAAAAAUGCUGAAAAACCUACUGACUUGGAAGAAAAAAAUGAAGUAGACGGUGAAUGGAAAACUGAUUCCGAUAAAAUAUAUUUAUUUGCUAGAAAUGACCCAGAAAAGGAAUUAUGGUUUCACCGAUUAUCUCUUUCUUCUGCAUUUGAUCUGGUGGCUAUUGAUGAACUGACAAAUAAGAAAAAACAAAAUGUAGAAGAACACAAUAAAUUUAUCAAAGCUUAUCUUGGUUAUCUAUUUAAUGUUUACGAAUUAUCUAAAAAUCCAAUAUUGACCGAUGUUCAAAAAAAAAAGGAGAAUUUGAUGACAGCUCAAAUAAAUGAAAUUUCCGAUGAGUAUUUAUGGUUAAAUAUGCUUUUGGGCCGUGUGUGCUUUGAAUAUUUACAAAAUCCUAAAAUACUUGAAAUGAUUGCUGACAAAUUCCAACGGAAGUUAAAUGCUAUUAGGCUGCCAAAAGUUAUGGAUAUACUUGUGAUUCGAAGUUUAUGUUUUGGUAAGGGAGAGAUUCCAACUAUACGCAGUGUAUCCAAACCUUGGAUAGAUCAUCGAGGAAUAUGGUUUGAAGUUGAAAUUACUUAUAAUGGAACAUUUCAAGCAUCAGUUGAUACUAAGCUUAAUCUUAUGAAAUUAAAAAAGGAGGAAGCUCAAGAACAAAAAGAUGAAGUAAGAAGUGCUGUGUACGACUCGAAUCAGGAAGAUAGUGGAGAGACAUCUAAUGAUGAAGGGCAUACACGAGAAGAUGUUAAUUUUGCAGAAAGAUUGUUCGAACAGCAGGCAUUAAAUGACCCACCACCGCCUCAAGGAAGCCGUAUUACAAGGUUUAUGGAAAAUUGCUCUUCUGGUUUUCUUGAACUGAAAUUUGUAAGAAGAGUUUUUGAAAAUGUUGCUAAAAAGGAACUUACUCUUGUAAUUGAUGUAAAACAAUUAGUUGGAACUCUUAUUAUAAAUUUGCCUCCACCACCCACGGAUCGUGUUUGGGUUUCUUUCAAAGGAAGUCCCCAAAUAAAUUUUGAAGCUAAGCCAAAAGUAAAUGACACAAAUGUUCCUCUCAUGGAUGUCCUUACAAAAGCUUUACAUAAUAUUUUAAUUAAAGAAUUUGAAAAAGUUAUUGUUCUACCGAAUAUGAUUGAUUUUUCUAUACCAUUGAUGAAUAGUCAAUAUUAAUUUAAAUCUUAAAUAUGAAAAGAUUAUACACUCGGUUUAAUUAAUCAGAAAAAGGUAUUUGUAGUUUCUAUAAAAAAUAUAUAUGAUUUAUAUGAUUAUAAUAAGGAUGUCAGUAUUCGUUACCAAUGAUUUAAGAAAAAUACAAAAAAAAAAAAUAUGACUGUGAUAAUGUUUUAGUUUUGCCAAUGUUUUAUUGCAAUUUAUGUUUUAAUUUUAGUUUGUAACUUCUUCCAUUGUUUAAAUAGUAUUUGGCUAUAAAUAGUAUCGUUUAUUUAUUUUGUAAGAUUGUUUAAUGAAAGUAGUUCGAUUAGUGGGAAAUGCACAUAUGUAACAAAUGGAUACAAAUCCUAUAUUCAAAAGGCUGUAAUAUCUAAUCGAAUUAUGUACUGGUUACUUUAUACCCUUUCUGUUUUAAGAUUUUAAAAAUGUGUUUAUUUCAUUGUUAAUGUUAAGUGGGGUUAUUUAACAAUACCCAAAACAAAAGAACUAUUUUUCAGAUUUUUCUAUUAAAUUAUAUUUAUUGUUUAUAUUGUAA